AUGCCUGUGCCUGGAGCCUACGAACCAGAACUUGAGUUUUCAGAUCCUUCGGCUGUACGCGAGACAGCCCUUUUCUCAUUCAACCCACUCGUGUACUUGUAUUUCAUGCUCUCAUUCUUGAUUGUGCCCUAUCCACUUUAUUGGUGCAUUGCCAGACGAUUGAAUUGGGAGACAAACGAAAAAUCAAUGGCACGACAUUGGAGUGAUAUGUUCCAUGGCUUCUCCUAUGGCACGCUUUUGUUUGUGUUUGGCAACUAUACGCAUGCAUACAGCUGGAUCACAGUGGUUGCCUUUUACCCGAUGUUGUUUGGCUAUGGAUGGAUUGCCGAGUUACCCUUUACUAAGACAUCAUUGCCCAACAUUAAGAAUUGGCCAUUUGGCAUGUGGGCUGUAUUUUUGACAGCGAUUGUGAUCAUCCUUGCUUUUGCAGCUUUCCAUAUUUAUUGGGCAGCCAUUCAUCCCUUACCUUUCGUGAUUUACUAUGUAUGUGCCUUGCUGAUCCCAAUCUUCUUUUUUGUCCUCUCGUUUGCUAUUAUCAAGGAAACCAAUGAGAAUUGGUCAAGGACAAAGAUUUAUCGCAUUCGUGUGUGGAUGUUCACUCCCAAAAAGACGGCACCCAAACCACCUUCUCCUGCUGCACAAGAGGAAGGCCAAGCUGAUUCCGCCGCUGUUGGUGACGGAGCACAACACGAUGCAUCCCAAGAAGUGCUUGUGACACAAAUCCCGGAACCCACCAACCCAUACACCAAAAAAAUAAGCAUGCAUCUGCACCACUGGCAGAUCUUUUACAUGCUUGCUUAUUUCACAAGAUUCACACAUCCCGUUUCUCAAGUGGGUGCAGGCAUUGUUCUUGCAUGCUAUAUGGAAGGCAUUUGCGCAUGUAACGUAUCGUGA